CGAUGUACACGUCAGAUAACAGCGCUGGAUUUGUGCGUCAUGCAGCGACAACAGUACACAGUUGCCAACAUGGAAGGAAGUGGAAAAGCAGUUUCUACGAAUGAACUUUUAAAAGACGAGUGUUAUGCUGAUUUUUGUAAAGACAACUUUGAUGUCAAGACACACACAGCGCAAGCUAUUCAGCAUGCAAUUAUAGCAGAGCAACUAGCAAAACUUGCUCAAGGAAUCAGUCAGUUGGACAAAGAACUGCAUUUACAGGUGGUUGCCAGACAUGAAGACCUGCUGGCACAAGCCACUGGGAUUGAGUCUUUGGAAGGUGUAUUACAAAUGAUGCAGACAAGAAUAUCUGCUUUACAAGGAGCUGUUGACAGGAUAAGGACCAAAAUUGUGGAUCCCUAUAAUAAGAUAGUUUCCCGUACUGCUCAGUUAGCCAGACUACAGGUGGCGUGUGAUUUGCUGCGAAGGAUAAUCCGCAUCUUGUAUCUCAGCAAGAGACUCCAGGGCCAGCUGCAGGGAGGCAGCCGAGAGAUCACCAAAGCUGCCCAGAGUCUCAAUGAACUGGAUUACCUGUCGCAGGGAGUGGAUUUGUCUGGAAUAGAAGUGAUUGAAAAUGAUUUGCUUUUCAUUGCGCGGGCCCGACUGGAGGUGGAAAAUCAAGCCAAGCGCUUGUUGGAGCAAGGGAUGGAGACUCAGAACCCUACCCAAGUGGGAACAGCACUACAGGUUUUCUACAAUCUGGGAAGUUUGAAAGAAACCAUUAACAGUGUGGUUGAUGGGUACCGUGCUUCAUUAGAAGACAACGUGAACAGUGCUUUGGAUAUCAAAGUCUUAACACAACCCACUCAGGCAAACGCAAGAGGUGGUCCUGGGAGAGCAGUAAUGCCCACCCCUGGAAACACUGCUGCAUUCCGGGCAGCCCUCUGGACAAACCUAGAGAAGCUCAUGGACCAGAUCUGUGCUGCCUGUGCACAAGUGCAGCAUCUGCAGAAAGUACUCACGAAGAAGAGAGACCCUGUCAGCCAUGUGUGCUUUAUUGAUGAAAUUGCCAAGGAUGGCCAAGCAGACAUCUUGUGUACAUUUUGGAAUGCUGUGACACAGAUCCUUUCUAUUGAGUUCCAAAAGGCUACAAACUCAUCCUCAUUUCUGAAGCAGGCGUUGGAGGGAGAAUACCCGAAGCUGCUAAGAUUGUACAAUGAUCUGUGGAAGCGUCUUCAGCAAUACAGCCAGAGCAUUCAGGGCACUCUGACUGGCAAUGGGAACACAGAGCUGCCCCCUGAAUUGCCUCCAGGAGAUGUGGAUAUGCAGGAUAUUUUCAUGCAGAAGAAACAAGAUUAUGAUCCAGAGAAAGCUCUGAAGGACUCCCUCCAGCCGUAUGAAGCAGCUUACCUAUCCAAGUCGCUCUCCCGUCUGUUUGACCCCAUCAACCUCGUCUUCCCUCCUGGGGGACACAAUCCUCCUUCCAGCGAUGAGCUUGAGAGCAUCAUUAAAACAAUAUCAAGUGAACUGAAUGUGGCUGCUGUGGAUCCAAAUUUGAGUUUAGCUGUGGCGAAAAAUUCAGCGAAAACCAUCCAGCUGUUCUGUGUCAAAUCGGAACAACUUCUGUCCACUCAAGGGGAUGCCAGCCAGGUUAUUGGGCCACUUACUGAUGGGCAAAGAAGAAAUGUGUCUGUUGUCAACUCUCUGCAGCAACUGUUCCAGUCUGUGGGGAAGGUGAUUUUAGGUCUAAGUUCCUUCCCGCCAGCUGCUGAACAUGCGAUCACUGCUUCAUCAGAGAUGAUCCAGGCCCUCAUGGGCAGUGCCGUGCAGCCCCUGCUCCGUUCAGUCCUUGAUUCAGUGGAGGCUAUUCUCAUCACCAUGCACCAGGAGGACUUCUCAGGGUCACUGCCUAAUUUGGGUAAACCUGAUGUUCCCUGUUCACUCUAUAUGAAGGAACUGCAAGGCUUUAUAGCUCGAGUCAUGAGCGACUAUUUCCGACACUUUGAGUGUGUGGACUUCAUCUAUGACAACACUGAAGCCAUUGCACACAGAUCCAUAGAGCUGUUCAUCAGAAAUGCGUGUCUGCUCAGGCCUCUGGGGGAAGGGGGCAAAAUGAGACUGGCAGCUGAUUUUGCUCAGAUGGAGCUGGCGGUGGCCCCUCUAUGCAGAAGAGUGUCCGAUCUGGGCAAGUCCUACCGUUUACUCCGAUCAUUCAGGCCAUUACUUUUCCAGACGAGUGAGCACAUUGCCAAGAGCCAGGCUGUGGGAGAUCUUAUCCCCUACAGUGCCAUCCUACACUUCUUAUUUACUCGGGCGCCAUCGGAGCUGAAAUCCCCACACCAGAGAGCAGAAUGGUCCAUUGCCCGCUAUUCCCAGUGGCUUGACGACCACCCUUCAGAGAAGGAUCGACUGAUUCUAUUAAGGGGAGCCCUGGAGGCCUAUGUGCAGUCUGUGCGAGCCAGAGAAGGGAAGGAGUUUGCGCCCGUUUAUCCAAUUAUGCUACAGCUUCUCCAGAAAGCUAUGUCUCUGGUUCAGUGAGAGAUUUUGUGAUCCUGUAAAUAUGCCUUGGUUAAAUUUGUGUUGAUAUAAUUAAGGGGAUGGUAUUUCCUGAUACAGAUUGCAUUUCAUGUAUUUUUACUGAGCGUAGCAAAAUAGCUGUAGAAUUGAUUCAUUAUGUUGACCUAAUAUUGUAACACUGUUCAGCUAUAUUAGACAUGUAUUUUUAAUUGAAGUGUCAUCUCUAAUUUUAGUGACCUGGCUUUCAAACAUUUGAUUUAGCUAUCUCACUGUGUAUCUGUGAGUCAGUGUUUAUGUUAAAGAUUUAAGAAAUUGAAUUCCAAAUUUAAAAAUAAAACAACAAAUUUGUAAGGGUUUUGGCAAUAAAAAAAAUAAAAUGCUAAUGUGAAAGUUGA